UGUUGUGCCAGGUAAACGGCUUAGCCGUCCUGCGAGUUAGUCAGGGACUUACCUGUGUAGUCAGCGCUCCAAAACGGAGUUAGGUAUUUGUUUUUGUUUUGGUUUGUUUUUGUGUUUGUAAAUUUAAAAAAUAGCGCAACCGCGCUGGAAAACUAUACUUUUGUGUCGGAGUCUGAUUUUAAAGGGCUAAACGAACCCGAGCUGCAAGGCUUGUUUUACAAUACAUAAAAUAACCCAUAUCACUCCUGCUUACCUUUACAGGUUUAUGUUGCAUUUGUAGUCAGACAGGGUACAUUUUAGUACAGCAAUUAUGGAGCGGUUUCUCAAACAUCACUGAAUAUAAAGUUGAAAUUACACAACAUAAUGUAAGCAGUAGUAUUUCUAUCAGUGCAAAUGAACAACCUAUUUUACUAAAGGUACCAAAAUCUAAUUUAGAGUGGGGAUCCUCAGUCAGAAUGCCUAAUGUCAUAGGCGGCCUUGGGCCAAUAACGUUUGGGAACACCUGCUGUAAGAAACACUAUUUAACAAUAGGUACUAUCUGAGGCAUUUUUCAGGGGAACAUUCAUUAAUUGAUUACAUUUGACUAAUUGAUUACAUUUCUAAAUAGUCCAAUGUACAAAAACAAUACAACAUUACAAUAUAGAACAAAUAAAAUAUUAAAUAGUUAAAUUGUGGUCAUUAUAAUUAAAUAACUAUUAUAUAAAACAGCCUUUCAAAAAAACUUAAAAUAAUAAUAAUAAUGUGACUAAUUUGAGAUGUUUUUCUCAUUCUAAAUAAAUUGAGUUACAAACAUUAUUGAAAGUGAUUCAUGCAAUGAAUGUGAAUAUUUUCAAUCAGGCCUGGUCUCACUGUUUUUUGUUCUACAAACAGGUUUCACCUGCAGCAUUGUUUUGUUAGAGGGAGGGUCUCUUAGACUGUGUUGACCUGAUUCCUGAACAGCUACACCUUACCCCAGUUGGCAGAAAUCAACUUAAUGGCAUGUUACAGUAACCUGAAACAACAUGUUCAGUAAAAGGUUAAUAUUCCGUGCUUCGACAGAAUUUUCCUGCACGAAGUUCGGGUAAGGUAAUUCUUACUCUUUCAGAGGGUGUGUGUACAGCUCUAGCACAGUAUAAAGGCAGUAGCUAGAGCACUGAAAGGAGAGGGUAUUAUAAAACUUGAGCAAACUUGACAUGGCACAGAGCGCAUUACCCAAAGAAAUGGAGGAGAAGAUGCAAAAGGCAAAAGAUAUGAAACCAGAAGACAUGCUGUUUACAUACAAGGGGGUUCUGUAUCCCUCUCUCCUAUGUAAACCAGAGAACUUCAAGGCAAUGGAGAGAUUUGAAGCCAGGGAGGAUGAUAUACUGCUGGUAGCUUAUCCAAAAUGUGGGUUUAAUUGGAUGAGUCAUGUCCUGAAGAAAAUUUCUGAUGCUGCUCAUGUCAAGAGAGCUGAAACAGCCCAGUUUACAUUUCUGGAGUUCGCAGACCCAGAAAAAUUGCAGGACUUGUCCAAAUUGCCCUCUCAAAGAAUUAUGGGAACUCAUGUGCAUCCAAAAGAUAUCCCAGCGUCAUUCUUUGAGAAGAAGACUAAGGUUCUUGUGAUUUUCCGCAACCCCAAAGACACGGCUGUCUCGUACUUCCAUUUUUACAACAAAAACCCUGUGCUUCCGGCGUUUGACUCCUGGGACAAGUUCUUCUCACAGUACAUGAGUGGAGAAGUUAUGCUGGGCUCCUAUUUUGACCAUGCAGUUGCUUGGGAGAAGCACAUUGACAGUGAUACUGUAAAGAUUAUAACUUAUGAAGACAUGAUAGAAAACUUGACUGAAGGAAUACAGCAGGUUGCCAAAUUCUUCAGUCUCACACUGAGUGAUGAACAGGUCCAGGCUAUUGCUCAAGAAAGUACUUUUGAAACCAUGAAGAACAAAUCAAAAGAAACACAUGGUCAAAUGGGCAAUGUUAUAUUCAGGAAAGGGGGUGUUGGAGACUGGAAGAACCAUUUCAGUGAAGAGCAGAGCAAGGAGUUGGAUGCAAAGUUUGAGCAAUGCCUCGCAGGAACUAAGAUUGGGGCAAAGUUGAAGUAUGAAGUGCACUGCAAAUAGUGAAGUGUGCUGUACCAAUGUGUGAACUACAUCACCAUAGCUAGUUACAAUUGAUUCAAUGGAUAAAUUAGGAUUUUACACUGACUAACCUGCAGUAAGAGAAACGCUGGUUUUAGGAGCCACAGCACACGUAAAACAAAUUAAUGUCAAUGGGAAUGCAAAAUAUAUUCAUUCAAAUAAUCAAACCCAAAACGAUUUUAGUCAGAAAAUAACUUGAGACUGACUGGUUGUUUGGAAAUGGCUUGGCAGUAGCUUUGAUAUCAUGGUGUCAGGCCCCAGUCUAAUAAUACAAUAAUUUCAAAAUCAAAAAGGUAUUGUACUGUAGUACUGUGUGGAGCAAUGAGUGUGUGUGUGUCUGGUGGGGGGGGAUGUUUAAGUGCUUUGUGGUAAAUAUAACACCAAAAUACCCCCCC